GAAGGAAUAAAUUUUAUUAAAAGUAAAACAAUUAAGCCCUAUGUUGGCUUUGUCUGCACGUUAGUUAAAGAACAAUCUCUAUCCAAUUAGGCAUAAGACCUUUUUCACUUUAACAUGUUAUGUCAUUUCAUAUCAUCCACCAACUACUAAACAAUAGAGAUGGUACUGCUCUAUCAAUGUAGAAGGAGCUGUUCAUAAAUCAUUUUCCUAAUACUUAGCCCUCAAAACAUUGGAUUGAAGCUUCUAACCUGUUGAAUUAAUAUAAUAUAAAAGUUUCUUUUAUCAUACGGUUGAAGACAUAAAUAAUCACAGGUAUGGCUUUUAAAGACAGUGGUAGAAAAAAUUCAAAGGACUUUCCUCUUAUUGAGACUAGUUUAGCUUCUAUGGAAUCUUUGACAAUGCCAAUGGUUCAGGAAGUUGUUGUUUCUGCUGAUAUGCAAUGUGAGGAGUGCCAGAAAAGGGUUAUUGACAUUAUUACAAAAAUGAAUGAGACAGAGUCCGUCGAGGUGAAUGUGUUGGAAAAGAAAGUCACCCUUGCAUUCAGAUUACCAACCGGGGCUAAAGGUGUCGCUAGGCAAAUUAUUCCCAUCAACAAGAAUCCCCUCCCUAAAGUUUCUAUUAUCAACCGUUUAUUUCGAUCUUCCAUUGAUUAAUUGCGACUUACAAAGGAUCCAUAUGAUUAUUGGUUUAGUAAUUCAGUUUAGUUAGAAUUAGUUUACUUUAGUAUAUGAAAGAUAAUAUUGCAACUCUAUUGUUUUUGUACAGAGUGGUAUAUAUACCACACUCACUUUAUUCAAUAAUAUUGACCAACGAAU